AUGCGAGAUGGUUUCAUACUCCAUUUAAGAUCACAUGCAGAAUUACAGGAAUCUAUUACAAAAAGAAAACAAAAGUAUGAACAAUUAGCUUUUACAUUGCAACCUUUGAUUAUUAUCAUAGGACCAACAAUAAGUGAUAUUGCUCAGUAUUUUGUCUUGGUUGAUGAUACAUAUUAUCUUGUAAACUCUAUUAUUACUGCCGUUGCCUGCUGUUUUAAAAUUAUCCAUGCUCUUCAUGCAGAGUAUCCAGUCGAAAGUAAGCCGGUUUGGUAUUUUAUACAAAAAGGUUGCUAUAAGUUAAAAACUUCUUGGGAUACAGAAUAUGUGACAGUAAAUUCAUUAAUGACUGAUCUAGAUAUUUCAGUUUAA